AUGGGCGCCAUUUACGAGCCAGCCGCGCCGUCAACCCCAUGCAUCGUUGUGGCCACAACGCCGCCGCAUUCCUGUGACGCUACCCUAAUGCCUCGCUGUUUUCCACGCAAUCGAAGCGAUAGGAGGAUCUUGCGAAUCUUCCAAGCCAACGUAGGCAAGAUUCCGCCGGCACACGAUUGUGCCCUUGCGUUGGCCGACUCGGAACAAUACGACAUUAUUUUGUUGCAGGAGCCAUGGACAGGACUGAAAGAUGGCCGAUGCCUCACUAAGACGCAUCAGGCCUACGACACCUUCUCACCCGUCAACGACUGGGACGGCCGCGACACUCGCCCGAGAGUCAUGACAUACGUCCGGCGUUCCGCAGGUCUCGUCGCUGAUCAAAAGAGACCUGCGGCGACUCGUGACAUCCUUUGGCUCACCGUCAACGGCAUAACAGUCGUCAACUUCUAUCGGCAGCCGUACCACGACGGAGCCCUUGAAAUCUUGCUUCAGUGGACCGUACCGGACAAGUGUCUUGUUGCUGGUGAUUUCAAUGCCAAACAUCCCAGCUGGCAGGCCGGUCGACGAGAGGACCGCGGCGAAGAAAUAGCGUUUUGGGCAAUGGACAAUCGACUCGGCUUACUGAAUCCUGUCGAUGUCCCGACCAACGCACACGGCAAUACGGUUGAUCUCGCCUUCUGCAACAUACCUCUGGCCGACGCUGUUGUCGAGGAUCAUCUAGCAACCGGCUCCGAUCAUUUUACCCUUAGUAUCACGCUGCCAGGACAAGUUCUGGCACCCCUUCCAAUAGGAAAGAUCCAUCUCAACUCCGACGAGGAAUUGAAGCGAUUCAUUGAAUUAGUGGAGGCCGGUGCCGCCUUCAUCCCGAUCACCACGGCAUCUCCUUCCGAGCUCGACAGCUUUGCGUCGGCGCUCGUGAACCUUCUUGGUUGUGCAGCCAGAGCUGCCGGUCGACCUGCCCGUAAGACUACGCAUGGUGCGCGGUGGUGGACUGAAGAAUGCGCAAAGGCGGCGGCCAAUUACCGCGCGUGGAGGAGAGUUCACUCUCUCGGCUUCGACCGAGAAGUACAGCUAGCCAAGAGGAGCUCCAUAGCGUGCGCCUCCGUCUUCAGGGCGGUCCGCUGGCUGAAGUCUCCAGCUGGAAAGGCCCCCGCCUUGCGACAAGCCACUCUGGAACGGCGCACGGCGAACGACGACAUCCCAGAUCCGUGGAUCUCCGUGAACACAGAUAGGACGAUACCCUUCACCGACCGAGUCUCCGGAGGAGACCCGCGACGCCACGCUACGCACCGGGAAUACGUCCCUGGUCCCGACAAUAUUACGGUGCGGAUGCUCCGCGCUGUCUGGCAUGCGAUCGGAAGUCUCGUCCACCAGCUAUAUCAAGGCUGCCUCAGGAUUGGCCACCAUCCGAAGCCCUUCCGAGAAGCAGAAGUGGUCAUGAUUGCCAAGCCGGGGCGCAGGGAUCUCUACACCCCGCGCUUGGCGCCCCAUCUCCUUUUGUCCUGUCUCGGCAAGGGCCUCGAGCGGCUCAUCGCACGGCGUCAGCGUGGGCCUCGGUCCAUUUCGGCGUACUACACCCACAACAAGCCGGCGCGCUCCGAAGAGAUCGGCCUCCUCCGCAACAGAUUGAUCCUUCGCCUACGGGAGCAAGGGUGGCCACCGAACCUCGCGCGAUGGGUCGGCUCGUUUAUGCAAGACAGGUCGGCACGCAUCCGCUAUCAAGAUAUCGCAACGAAUUCAUCGCCUCCAGUGCGGGCUGCCACAGGAUCCUCAAAAGGGCGUUUCGGCUAUGCGGACGACACUGCCAUCCUUUGCGUCGGCGAUAGCCUGGAUGAGACGUCCGCCGAAGCAUCUCAUCAUGUGCGUGAGCUUGUAUCGUGGGGCGCCGCCAACGGGAUCUCCUUCGACCCUGAGAAGACAGAAGUGAUGCACUUCUCUCGAACGACGCCCAAGACGGCGCCGCCAGUGCUCCAUGGCGAAUUUGAGAAACGGCCGGGCCGGGCGAUGCGUUGGCUCGGCGUCUGGCUCGACAGCACUCUGUCUUUCAAGACUCAUGUCGAGAAAUGGACGGCCAAAGCGCAAGCAGUCGCCUUCCAUCUCAGGAGACUGACAAACACCAGGCAUGGUCCUCUACCGAGCGCUGUGCGACGAGCGGUCUGCGCUUGCGUCAUUCCAGUGCUGCUCUACGCGGCGGAGGUCUGGUAUCCUGGUUCUACGCGCCCGCGCUGGACCAAGCCGGGCAAGGAAGGACCGUCCAGGAUCGGACACCUCGUAAAGAAGAUGAGCAAGGCACUCUACACAUCUCUUCGGGCUAUCCUGCCAGUGUGGAGAACUACACCAACGAAUGUUCUGCACCGGGAGGCAGGGAUACCGCCGGUCCCUCUGCUGCUCGAGGCGCGCCGGACUGCAUUUGCUGCGCGUCUCAAAUCCCUGGACGAAGCUCAUCCGCUGCGGCGCUCCGACGAAUUGCUACCAAGCUGCCCAAGGCCUGCCUUGCUGCAGCGCGGAUUUGUCGAAGAGCAGACUGCGCCUCUGCAGAGUGCAUCGAAAAAUGAGACGGCGAAGAAAUUUCGCGAUUGGCUCCAGGCACUAUCGCCCCGAACUCUGGUCGUCUAUUCCGACGGGUCCCGUUCUACCGAAGGCCACGCCGGAUAUGGCUAUGUUGUUCAUCGGGACGGAUCCACCGUCUUGCGCGACAAGGGCCGUCUCGGGCCCGCCGAGAUUUUCGACGCUGAGGCGAAAGGCAACGAGGAGGCUGAUGCUCUGGCAAAGGCGGGAGCAUCACUGCCAGAACCCGCUGAUAACGUCCCGACGCUAGCGCACCUGCGAAAGAUUGCCCGACAGCAGCCGGAAGAGGCUUUCAAGGCCUGGUGGGAAGCCUCUGCGCCGGAGCGAUACAGAGACCUGAGGCUUAAAGCCACAACCAGCUGCCCGUCAGAAUUGGCGCUCUCUCGGCCCUGCUUCGUAACUUGCUUGCAGCAAGAACCCACCAUGGGGAUUUUGCUGACUACCACGAAAGGUUUGGUCACGACAAUGCGCGACUGA